GGAAAGACAAGACAGAAGCAGAUUGAUCAAUUUUGGAUUAAAAAGUGUUUGCUCUCGUUUAGUGCUUUUUCUGUGAUUUUCCUUCCUUUCCUACUGAUGGACUAUGAAAGGAUAGCAUUCCUGCGGUGGAGAGGAAAUAUCAGUCUAGGAAAUUUGAGAAUUGAUUGGUUCUAGUGUGCUGUAAGUGGGAGGAUUUUUUUUGCUACAGGAAGUGAUUUGCAGUGUUCACUGAGCCUUUUGUUGAAAAGGGUCUUCUCAGAUCUGUGAGUCAUGCUUUUGCUGCGAGCGGGUAGGCAACUGUGAGAGGGCUUCAGGAUCUCAACCAUAUUCCACCUCUCCGUCUCUGGACCUCGCUGACGGAAGACAGCAUCCUGGCAGCUUUUUGAAGCCUUUCCCCCCCCUUUCAUGUUCUGCUUUAAUGGAUUGUGUGUUUUUCUUUCCUUUUUUUAACCACUAAAACUGGAUUGCAUCUCUGGUUUCCUCAUAGCAACAACGACCUAAACCAGAACCGCAGCAGGAAAAAAUUACAUCGGACUGCCCGUGAUUGCUAUGAGGCAUUUGCUAUGUUAAAGGAGGGGAUAAUUAGCUUGGCAUCACAUCUGCCAGUGCGCAUGUAAGGCAGGCAGAUAGAAGGGCAUGCUUCACCGUACCAAAUACAACCGCUUCAGGAAUGAGUCUGUGACGUCCGUCGAUGAGCUUCUCCACAAUCUCUCCAUGAACCCCAAGGUUUCGGCAGCCCCCACAGCCUCUGCCGAGCCCCCGUACUCCCCGCCGGCCGAGGUGCUCCACGCCGACCCCGAGGAUGGCGGCACCACCCUCUGCACCCUCAUCAACAAGGUGUCCAACCUGAAAUUCGCCAACACCGGCAGCCUGCUGGGCAUCAAGAGCCUCCCCUCCGCAGUCAAAGACCUGGCGGCGUCCAAGCUGCAAGGAGGGAGCGGUGGCGGCGGCACUGGCAGCCCUGGUCCCACGUCCACUGCAGCAGCGUCCAGCAGCACUGCCUGCAGCCCCGCCACCGGCCCUCUGUGCUCGCAACAGGACCCGGGCGGCAUGAGUGCGGCGGGCGCGGGGAAGAAGAGCCGGCUGGAGGAGGCACACCUGGGGGGAGAGGACUGGAAUCCCAGCGGCAAUGUUGUGAAUAAACCCCCCAGAGGGUGGCUGCACUCCAGCGAGAAGAUCUCUGGACCUGGCGUGACGUACAUCGUAAAGUAUUUGGGAUGUAUAGAGGUUCUUCGCUCGAUGAGAUCACUAGAUUUCAAUACACGAUCACAAAUAACAAGGGAGGCCAUCAGUUUGGUGUGCGAGGCUGUCCCAGGUGCCAAAGGAGUGUUUCGUAAGCGCAAGCCCCCUACUAAGGCUCUGUCCAGUAUCCUCGGGAAGAGCAACUUACAGUUCGCCGGAAUGAGCAUCAACCUGAACAUCUCAACCAGCAGCCUGAAUCUGAUGACACCUGACUCCAAACAGAUAAUAGCAAAUCAUCACAUGCAGUCUAUUUCCUUUGCAUCUGGUGGGGAUCCGGACACUACUGAUUAUGUUGCCUAUGUAGCUAAAGAUCCUGUUAACAGAAGAGCGUGUCAUAUUCUGGAGUGCUCUGAUGGUCUGGCUCAGGAUGUCAUCAGCACCAUUGGUCAGGCAUUUGAUCUCCGCUUCCAACAGUACCUGCAGUGUCCCUCCAGCAAACUUCCCACGUUACACGAUAGGAUGCUGAAUAUGGAGGAGACCCCGUGGACGGAGGAAGAGGAGGAAGCCGCUGAGCAUCCAUACUACAACAACAUACCGGGGAAGAUGCCACCGCCUGGGGGGUUCAUUGACACAAGACUGAAGAGCCAGACGUCUGGACCAGCAGAGGGCAGUCAGUCGAGUCCAGUGGCUGGACUAGACCAAACCUAUUACCAGGGGAGACACUGUGGAGAGAGCUGGAGUGAGGAGAGGAGGACCUUGCCUGUUCGACAGGGUUCAAGUGACAUAUACAGUCUACCUGAAGGUAAAAGUCAAGUACCAAAAAUGGGGGACGUCCCCACUUAUGUCAACACCCAGAACAUCGACGUCCAGAUGCUGGCGGCGCUGCAGGCGGAGUCUGACACUGUGACGGAUGGGUCCGCGGGGGUGGCCAAAGAUAGUCCCAGGAAAGAUCUAUUUGAUAUGAAGCCCUUCGAAGACGCCAUCCUUACUCAGACCCCAGUCCCUGCGCUCAGCAAGGCCGCGUCGGUGGACAACUCCAGCCCGCUGCUGGUCCGAGCUGCCGCCUUCAAAGCCCAUGAGGAGCUGGAGGGACAACCGUGGUACCAUCGGGAGAUGAGCCGCAAGGAGGCAGAGAAGCUGCUGCGGGAGGACGGCGACUUCCUUGUGCGCAAGAGCGCCACCAACCCGGGCUCCUACGUGCUGACGGGCAUGCACAAUGGGCUGACCAAGCACCUGCUGCUGGUGGACCCGGAGGGCACGGUACGGACAAAAGAUCACAUAUUUGACAGCAUCACCCACCUAAUUAGCCAUCACCGCGACAACAACUUGCCCAUAGUCUCUGCCGGGAGUGAACUGUGUCUUAAACAGCCUGUAGCAAGGAAAGAGUGAAAGGUUCUCACGCUGCAAUGGAGGAAACAAUCUUACUCCUUUCAAACUUGAAACUUGAAGAAUACAGAGAAUAUAUUAUUGUCACAGAUUACUAAAGAUGACACUUCCUUUGGAAUGUGUAUCUGGGCAUCUUUUGGCUGCUUGGGAAGGCGGGAAGAGAUUUG